CGAGGAAGAAGAACGGCGCACACAAUGCACUGCACGGCUGACAAGGGUUGUGUCUUCCCGAUUUUCACGAUAAAUUUCCAAUUCAGUGGAAACUUGUAAAGGGGUAGCGGCGGAGUCGUGCGCUUCCUCUCUGUGAGUAUAUUUACUCUGGAUUUUGUCAGAAAGAGGAAUCGUUGUGUGGAAACCUCAGCAAGUGCUUGAACUUCUCCUAAACAUUGGAUGUACACAGUAAAGGCUGCAUGAAGGAGCUGCCCGGCCCGACGGGGGCUUGGCCGACACCCUCGUUUAUGGAAAUCGACACCGAGGCUUAUGAUUAUUGGGCCUUCAAUUUUUUUCUUUAUGGUGGAAGGGGAAGGCAGAAGAGUUGCGUGUGAAGAAGCGAAAUAUCAUCACCAUAUGCCCGAUUACUUGCUAAGAAAAUUCCCGUAUCCAUCCCGUUUUCUCACAAAAAUGUUAUUUUAGCCGGCUACCGUUGGCUAGCUGUAGUGCUAACGUUACGUCUUUCUUUUGAUGUGAUGCGAAUUCAACCAUUACUCACGGCCAUUAACGUUUCGACAGUAAGACAUUUUAUUCUUGUGGCUGGCGAAUAAAACGUAACUUCACACCGAGGCGCCCGUUUUUUCAAAUAUACAAGACACGUUGUAAGAAUAUAAUUUUAUUCUUGUGUUGCGGGCUGCAUAAAUCGUUAUGUAUCGAGUUAGCCGUGUGUGCAAAAGCUAAUCAGGCUGGGAUCAACACUGCGUUAGCUAGCAGUAGCAUUCACUACAUAAACUCCACCGAUUUGACUUAGUUGCUAUUUAUUUAGGAAAAGAAAACACGGCGCAUUAAUGCGAUAUCAUGUCACGACAGUCGCAUUAAUGUGGAAUGUGUGUGUUAUUGAUCUCGUUACUGUUAGCUGAACGUAUCAAUUUGCUAAUAAAUUUGUCAGCGUGUGCAGAAAAUAGGAACCCAUACGGCUGUGUUUAGCAAUUCCGUCGUCGGUGUGGAUUUCUUUGUGAAAUAUAUCCAGGGAAGGUUCGAUCUCUUCUGUCAGCACAACACCGAGACGUGUCUUUUUUUGUUUACAUGUUUGUAACUUAUGUGGUUAUCGGUUGAAUUUUUUGCUUGCUAGCUAACGUUAGCAUUGUCCGAGGCACAAUUAGCUAUGUCCUGACAUUUGUGUAUGUCUUGGAUGAUUAAAAUUUCCAUGAGGAUCCAAUUUUCAGUGAAAUGACACUCAAAUUUCGCCGAAAGGAAGGCACUGAUGCCAAUGGACUGUUGUCAAAGGACGGUAAAUAAUAGCCACUGGUUUCAUUAACGCCAUUUUAACAGAGGUUCCCUGAAAGGGCCUGUGUGGUGGUGUGUUUUUUUGCGGUUCGGUGCCUUCCACCGGACCGGGACUUGAACAAAGUGCCUUUGGCCUCACUGGAGUUGCAGAGGGAGACGCCGUCUGAAUAUGGAGGGCCCGAGCCGAAGCACUGGAUUUAGGCAGAGUCGACGGUCCCGUUCCCAGCGCGACAGGGAGCGGCGGAGGCGGAGGGUGGACUUGGCGGCGGAGAGGGCCACAUCCCUGUCCUCAGGCUCCGACAGGGAGGCUGCUGGGACGAACAGUGUACUGGGACCCGGUGGGAGAGAAUGUCGGCCCGGUUUUGGGAGACACAGGCCUCCACGUCGGAGGAAAAGGGAGUCGGUAUCCUGCGAGGAAGACAUCAUCGAUGGCUUUGCUAUUUCGAGCUUCAUUAGCUUGGAGGCACUGGAGCGGACUGAUAUGUUGGGAAGGAGGAACAAGGGGAAGAGAGGGCCAGAGGAGAACGGAGGAGGGCCACUUUCGGAGCCAGAGGAGGGAGCCCCACACACCCACCCAGCUAGAAAUAAGAGAAGAAAGAUAGAGGGACACCCUUUGGAGACUGGCUACAUUUGUGACACAGAGAGUGAUACUGGAGAUAAGGCUUCUGACAACGACAUGGAUCCAGUAUUCACAGUCAGCACUAGAAAAGUUGCAGAACCUGCACCCUCAAACAUGGGCACAUCCAUGGGCAAAAGCUGCCCAUCUCUACCGGCUCGUUGUGGUGGCAUCUCACGGUUGAUGGUGACCCCGCGAGUAUCGGGCCUGGAGCGAAGUCAGGAGAAAAGCCUGGAGCAGCAUUUCCCUGAGCCUGUUUCUUCUUCUACCUCUUCUGCCUCCUUCCGUCUGCCUUCCCAUUCUCCUGUCACAGCUUCAGGCACGGUGCCCCGUCACAGCUCAAUCAAUGGUAAUGGAAGCCGCCACAACUGCAGCCCCCCACUCUCCAAACCCAAGCCCUUUCUCACUUUGCCUGGACGAUCGCACUCCAUCUACAAUAUCAACAGGAGCAACACCCCAGUCAAACCUCCAUCAUCUGCUUCAUCAGUUGCAUCUUCUUCAUCCUCCAUGCGCCCACCAACUCCCUCCACCAGUGUGUCUCUGCCCUACAUCAGGGGCUCUGCAUCCUCGGGUCCCCUUCGACCCCCAUCCCGAGCUAGCUCUGGGGCUUUGUACACAUCCUCCCCCGGACUUCCUCCCCCUCCACCUCUGCGACAAGGUCCUACCCAUUCAGCAGCAGAGCGUGAGGGCAGACGCAGUGUCCCAGGGGCUGAAAAUAAUGCAGCAGCAACAGGCCGCUCCACUCCUGGUGGUCCAUCAUCAUCGGGCUCUGCACCGGGCUCAUCCGGCCGGGCAUCUCAGAACCAGCCGAGCAUCCCUCCCAUGGCCUUCCAGUUCCAUCAGCACAACCACCAGCACCAACACACGCACACACACCAACACUUCACACCCUUCCUGCACCCUACAGCUACUGCACCCCCUCUGUUUGAUAAGUAUGCAGGCAAGAUGGAGGGGCUGUACCGACACCCUUUCUUCCCACAAUACCCGCCGCCCUCAGUGCCGAGUAUCCAGCCUGUGAUUCCUCCCACUGGGCCUUUCAGCUCUUUGCAAGGAGCAUUUCAGCCAAAGCCUCUUGUCCCUCAGGGAACGAGUCACGAUAUAUCUGCACGACUUGGGGUUGUGCCUCACCACCUGCAGCCCAAAGACCCCAGGCUAACUGAUCCAUUUGGGACAUCGUUGAAAGUCAGUAAUAAACCAGGAAAAUGGUGCGCUAUGCAUGUGUAUGUGGCCUGGAUGAUUCUAAGCCAUCAGAAAAAAGUCAAGAUGAUGCAGGUUGAUCCGCAUAAGUUGGACUUCCGCAGUGACCUGAUGGCCCGUCUUCCUGGACCUGGGGGCCUCGGCCCUCUGGGCCCCAUGGGUGGAGCCCUUCCUCCUUCUCAUGACCUGACCAGACCUCCCAAUCUGUUUUCAGCUGCAGGUGCAGUCAAUCCAUCCCCUGCUCCAUUUAUCUCUCCAUCAACGGCCCAUUCCUCAUUCCUCCCACCAACUGCACACUUGGAUCCGUAUGGUCGUUCCCCACCUUUUACACCGCUGGGAGCUCUGGGUUCUGGUGCCUUUGGAGGUCUUGGCAGCCCAACAUUGGCGGGCUCCAUGUUUGCCCCUAAAGACUCACCAGCCAGCUUGUCAAGCCCCAACCACCCUGACGCAUGGAAUCGUCUGCAUGGCGGCCCAUCUGGGUUUCCUGUUGGCCCUGGUUGGGCUAAAGCAGUGGACAAGAGGGAUGAGAGAGAUCGUGUGAAGGACGGAGAGAGGAGAGAUAUCCCCCACAUCAAGGAUGAAAAGGACAGAGACAAUAUGCUGUAUGGCAGACAACCUGUGAGAAUGUCCCCAGUUGCCCCCUCCUUCAAACCCCGCAGUAGCACCCCAGUCUCCCACAUUAAUGGUCACAGCAGUGUCCUAGGGAGGGGCAGUGGACCUAUUGAGGACUUGACACGCAGCUUAAUGAGAGACAGAGACCGCGAGCGAGACAGAGAUGGGGACAAGAGGCAACUGCCAACAGUGUCCUCACGAGGGCCUCCUCUUGCAUCUUCAUCUUUAGUAGCAGACCGGGAUAGACCGCGGUCUUCCUCCUCAUCUGUGCUCACUACCCCCCCACCUUCAAAUCGCUCAGCCCCAUCUCCUUUGGACCUUUACCACCGCUCCUUGGUCCAAACAGCACAUAGCCAACACAGUGAAUCCUUCCACUCCCAAAGAGACGGUAACAUCCCUGCUUCCUCAGCAGCUUCUGCUUCUGUCACUUCUUUGUCUCAGGCUAGGAAGCCUGACCGGACCACAACACCUGUCUCCAAACCUCCCAUGCUUCUUCCGCCAGUAAAAGUCAAAGAGGAGCGUAAAGAAGAGCCGGAGCACAUCCCCAUCACCCUGCCUACCCCAAUGCCUAACCACAGCUUUGACCGCCCGAGUAGUCAUCCCCACCACCAUAGUUCUGGUACCCCUUCCUCCUCCUCUUUAUCAGUGACUCCCACACCGGGUGUACCCCUUCCACCCCCCACUCCAAACGCUCCUUCCCACCAGCACCUUUCCCUGCUGGAUCGCCCAAGAACCAUUGAAGCAUAUCUGGGGAGCACAGCAGGACCUCCAGGUUUGGUAAUGGGUCCAGGAGAACGUUUCUCUCAUGGUCCAGCCCAUGGACCGCCACAGGGCCCUCAUAGCUUCACCUGGGACCCCUGGAGGGAGCUGGCAGCUCAGCAGCAACAUCAGCAUCGUAGAGAGGCUAUGGCACUUAGGUCAGACCCACAUCUGGCCCUGCGAUCUGAUCCACAUUUGGCCCGACUGUUGCAGCAUCAGCGCCUUCUGGAGGCAGAGAGGGUCGUGUGUGUAGCAGCUGCAGCUGCUGCAGCAGCAUCCCCUCACCUCCCUCCGACUUCUACCUCUUCUGCAUCCACUUCUGCUGUUCGCCAAGAGUUUGGCCUAAUGGCUCAUCAUUUCGACCGCCCUCAUCAUCUUGGGCCCCCAGGAGGAGGACUAAUUGAUGAGGAGCAGCGUGCCCAAAUCCUGAGGGAAGACUUUGAGCGGGCUCGCUACUUUGGGAUGCACCCACACAUCCCUCCUGGCGCUCAUCUCACAGGUCCCUCUCAUGCUGCUACUGCCGCUCACCUGGAGCAGCUCCACCAAGGCCUUCUUUCCCACUCGCUUCCCCCUGGAGCCUCUGCUGCUUCACAGCACCAUGCAGGACUCUACACCCGUCUAGGCCCACUAAACCCACACCAUCUGCCCAAUGGUAUUCUGCCUAAAAGCCCUCCAGGCUUGGUGGGGGCUCUGGCAGUGGGGGCACCACCUCCACUCAUUCCGUCCAUCACUAGCCGGUCAUCCACACCUCCUCGCAGACUUGGAGGGCCAGGUGAACUGGCACUGUACAGCACCCACAAAGAUGGAGAGUCUAGAUAGUACAGGGACAACACUGGAGGAGAUUCAGGGAUGUGUCAGGAUCACUGUGCUGCUCUCAACCUGCCCCCUUUUCCUCUUGAAGACUACUAAACCCUUCCCUCCCAGUUACACAACCAAACCAGCUCCAGUCUCCCACAGACAAGGGUAACAUGACUUGGCUGGAGGUAAUGGUAGGGAGGAAAUGCAAGAAUCAUCAGUGUGACUUGGAAUAUGUCCAAUGGUUCUAUCAGUGCAAUUUAAAGGUACAUGGUUUCUGUGCAUCCUUUUAUGUAUUUUUAUUUUAUUCUGGCAGAUGGUUAUUACAGUACUCACUUUCAAAAGCUGUAAGAAGAGGCAGAGGACAGGUUUUUGUUUUUUUUUCGUUUGUCAGGUGAAUUAUGAACCAUACGUUUAAUCAGCCUAUUCCAGAUGGAUUGGAAAAAACUUCCAGAGGGAUUUACACUUUGAGAACAUGUCAUGGGUUCAUUCUCAGCUUGGUUAUCUCAUGGGAUAUUAUAAACCCCUCUUCUACAUAAAUCAAGCCUGAUUAGGUAUUGUGGUUGAGGGUUUUUAGAAAUACAGUGGUAAAGUGGUGCUUUCUGUUCUGUCUUUGUGUCUUUUUGUCAGUGUGAAAAGACAGAUUAUUGAUUACACCAUUUGAUGAGUAUCAGUAAGCAUUGUACCUCAGUUUCCCGCAUUACCCAAAAAUGUAACCCCAAACCUUCAGUUUCACUGAUAAAAUUCAACCUUUUGGCUUGUUUUUGUUUUCAAAGGAUGGAUGGUGAAAUGAACUGUGUGAAUAAACACAGUAUUUUAGAGCUUCCUGUAACUGUUUUCCAGUCUCCUUUUGACUAUACAAGCAGGACCAGAUUAUAGUAGUCUAGAGAUAUUGCCUUUGUAAUUAUUAUUCUUAACAUUAAUUAUCUUCUAUAAUAAUAAAUAUAUUCAUUGUUAUGUUAUUUGUCAUUGUUUCAGGUAUCAACCAGUACUCUCUCCCCAGGUAGUAAUGUUUCAAAUCAUGCAAAAGACGAAGCAGAAGGCUUUCUUCACAGAAAACUUUUUAAUGCUUGUGAACAUUAAGCCUUAUUGAUUGCAACCUCUGGCCUCUUCAAGGAUCUCAUCUAUGUCUUUGUUAUGCGAGAGAGGUUUACCUGUUUGCCACUGGUUGUGUGCCGUAUCCAUUUGGGACUAUGGCAGCCCUGUACAUUGAACUGUCAAGUUGUUCAACAAAAAUAAAUUAUAUACACGGAUAAGUGGGACAUCUGCUGAUGAAUUGAAAAACAAAUAUAAGGACGUGUGUCAAGAGACAACCAGACAGUGGGUAUCCUGAGAGGAAAAAGACUGGGUCGAUUAUUUUAAUAUGACCAUUUUAUACCUUUCAAACCCCUUCCCUAGAGACCACAAAGAUUAAUUAUUAAAUGAAUUGUUGUUUA